AGCUGUAGCCCGAUUUCAUCACUCGCUCGGGAACAUUGAAGAAUCAGCCAGCUUCGUACAAAUCGCUGCAAUGGAAGGGAUGGAAGGGACAGAUCAAAUUUCGGAACUGCCAGUGUCGAUUUUGGAGCACAUUCAGUCUUUACUUGUUGUUAAAGAUGCUCUGAACACUAGUACAUUGUCCAAGGCUUGGAACAGUGCUUGGGCUUCCCUUUCCUGCUUAAAUUUUGGUGAUGAUAUUUUCAGCAAGUCAAAGAACAUUGUGAGUCGAAUUCUAGCAGAUCGGCAAAAGCAGAACAUUUCUGUGCGAAAGUUCAUGGUAAAGUUACCAUAUGCUUCGUUAACCUCUAAUUAUGUGGAUAAUUGGAUUAAUAUACUGGUAGCCUGUAAUAUCAAAGAGUUGUCUAUAGAGGUUGAACGCACACACACUUACAUCAAGUUGCCUGAAGCAAUCUUUGCUGCCAAAGCUCUAAACAUGCUUCGUUUAGGCGGAUUUAAGCUCGAACUACCCUCUGAUGGCGUAAAAUUUUCAUCUUUGCGAGAGUUAUACCUUGCUGAAUCGUUUCUGGACGAGCAAUUACUUCAAGCUCUAUGCGCAAGCUGUAGCAAUUUAGAAGUUUUGUCUUUAAGUGGAUUUCAUGGACCAAUCAGUUUACAAGUAGCAGGAACUUUACCUAAACUAAGGGCGGUAUAUUUGGAAGAUUGCCCAGAUCAAUUCCAGAUGGUUGAUAUUGCAGCGCCUAAUCUUAAAGACCUUGAAAUUAGCUCCUUUUGUGAGGACCUACAUGUAAUUAAGAUAACUGCUUGCAAAUCCCUAAAGCAUUUGGAGCUCUUGACUGUUGAGGCUGUCACUGACCAAUGGUUAGAGGAGCUUCUUCCAAAUAUACCCAACCUUGAAAUCUUUCACUUAUCUUGUUGUUCGUUGUGGAAGACCGUGAAUAUAUCAAGUGAUCGGCUCAAGUAUUUCCAAGUAACUGCGUGCAAUAAUCUGAUUGAGGUUGAUUUAGAUACUCCUAACUUACUAGGAUUCUUAUCUGAUGUUCGUUAUGGAGAAGAUACUGUUGAUCCCUUGCCCACAUUCAAUCUGAAAGCUUCAAAUCUGCUGGAAGCUUGUCUCUGUUUGAUCCCAGAAACCCUUGACAAUCCUUGGUACUCUAAGCUGAUAAAGUCUCUUGGUAACUUUAAUCAUUGCAAUGCUAUCACUCUAUGCUGUGAGAAUGACAAGGAGAUAGUUAUACCAAAAGACAUGAGAGAGAACUUGCUUCCUCCACUUUAUGAUGCUAAGUGUUUGCGUGUAACAAUUAUGAAUCCAUUGAAUCAUUCAGUUGUGGACGUUGUGGAUAGUUUGCUUUGGAUUUCUCCUCAACUGGACAGCCUAUAUUUUGGCUGCGGGACUGAAGACUUAAAGACCCUGAAGUUUACAUCCAGAGAUGCAGCUGAUGAUGAAGACGAGAAACCUUGUUGUGCAUCGAUGCCUUGGAAAUGUUGGAGGCAUGAACUAAAGAAAGUUAAAUUGAACAACUUUACAUGUACGGAGCUGCAAGAGUUGAGAAACUACCUUCUCACAAAUACAGAUAUAUUGGAGGAAAUAAUUGAAGUUCCACCAUAAAGGAGCCUUCUCACUAAUACAGAUAUAUUGGAGAAGAUAAUUGAAGAUCCACCAUAAUUGAGCCUUCUUACUUCAUUUAAGUAGAUUUCCUUUAACUAAGUUUCCAUGGUUCCUUCUGUGUGGUUGCGUCUAGCUCAUGUUAUGCUUUGAAUAAAUUUGUUCAUGACCUGUUCUACUGAUGUGUUAUGUACUUGUCGAUGAUGGGCAUUCUCACGGUGGACAUUUGUUUGCCAUGUUAUUGUUUCUAAUUUCUUCUUUUUGCUUUUGAUGUUUCAAAGCGUAUUCAAAUUAUCCUGGAACAUUCUCAGUGUAUGAUUGCCAUAGUACAAUUAUGGGCAAAUGAACGGGCGGAGACAAUUGGGAUUAGAAAGGGCGAGGCGUAUCGAAUUUUUUCAUGAUACAUGAACUUAUGGAGCUCCUUGAGCCCAUUGGUUUUGUUUCAGUGGGGAUUUGAUGUCCAAAGUUUUGUUUGGUGGCUUGGAUUUUCCCUGAAGAUUGUUUCUUUGAGAACAAGGGUAAUUAUGCAGUGGAGCCAUUGUAUGUGGAAAUCACAUCUUUUUGCAUUUGCUAUAGUUUUGUUCAUCAGCAUUUGUAGUACUUCCAUUUUUAGUGGCUUUACUGAGAUGGUUCAAUUGGUCUGCAUGUUAUACAUGUAGGUUACAACUUUA